UAGAAUGGGAGGAUCUAUGGCUCAGGUGGGUGGAGCUUAAUAAAAAUGGCUUCCAUUGAAGAGGAUGAUAUUCCAGAGCUGGUUCCUCUCUCCUUUCCUAAAGAUGAUUCCUCUCGGCAAGAGAAGGAGAGAGAGCCUCAGACUAGUAGAAAUAAAGUACCAGUAACAAUAAUAACUGGAUUCCUAGGAGCUGGUAAAACCACAUUAUUGAAUUAUAUACUAACAGAACAGCACAACAAGAGGAUUGCAGUGAUACUCAAUGAGUUUGGGGAAGGAUCUGCUGUAGAGAAGUCAAUGGCAGUGGGUCAGUCUGGGGAACUUUAUGAAGAAUGGCUGGAACUGAGGAAUGGAUGCCUCUGCUGCUCAGUGAGAGAUGCAGGAGUGAAGGCAAUAGAGAAUCUGAUGGAGUAUAAAGGAAAGUUUGACUACAUUCUCCUGGAGACCACAGGACUGGCUGACCCUGGACCCAUUGCUAGUAUAUUCUGGUUGGAUGAUGGACUUGGGAGCAGUUUAAUACUUGAUGGUAAUAAGGAAUAGCAAUAGAGCAUUGU